UAAUAUCUGUAUUAAAUAUUAGAAUUUUAUUUUCAUAGUUAAACUUACGUGACUUAAAAUAAUUUUACAUUCUCGACAUAUUUAACGAUUUUAGGCAUUUGAGGUACACGACAGUAUUUCCAGAGAAUCCUAUUGCUUCUCUGUGACAAGUUCUAGUCAAUAACAAAAUGCGGGCAAGCGAGUCAAACCUAAAUUUCACCAUAAAACUGGGUCAGUACGAAGCGCCCGUUAACCGGCCAGUCAAGUUUCAAUCCAACAAGGAAGCACAUCUCGAGAAGAUGUCUUCUCGUUUCGUUUGAAGACCAGACCAGAUCAGGAACGCAAGAUGAGGACUGCCUGCUGGCUACUGUUGAUCACCGUCCUCGCGCAAUCAUGCUCGCACCCAAAAUCGAGGGACGACGAGAAAACUUCAAUGGAAAAAAUCAUUAGCAGUAAACUCGGAAAUAUUUCGAGUUCGCAGGAAAAUCUGGAGCAAGUGAAGAUAUUGUUGAGGCAGAUCUCGAAUUCUUCGACAUCGGAAAACGAAACGGUUACCGCGACCAGACAAGGACCCUGCCAAUGUCGCGGCGGUGUCUGCGGAUGCUGUUCGAGGCUCCUGUAUGACACGUGGAAACAAAAGGCCUGUGUGAACAUCACGUAUGAUCCUGACGAGUUCAGUUUUACUGCCAAUAUCUUGAUGAAUGACAGAGUUCUUUACACAAGAACUGUUUCUGGAAAGAAUCCUAGACCGAUAUGUGUUCCUGUUCCGAGACUACCGAUUAGAGCGUGCGUUAGAUUUUAUAAUAUAUAUUUCCAAGGCAGAAAUAUUCAUCUAUGUCUCAAUAUGGAAGGAAAAUUCCAGGAUACUACUCUGUUUAAGGUUAGUUUCGAUUGUCUUAGAUUCGGUUCAAAUGGAUUAGCUCUGUUAAAGCCCGAAGAUGGAGGUGGUUUAGGUCAAGUAGAACUUUUUCCGGAAGAUCCGGAUGAUGGUAAUAACAGUGAAGAUUACGAUGAUGAGGACGAUGAUGACUAUGACGACGACGACGACGACGAUAUAUUUUAAAAAUAACUUUAAAAACAGAUAAUGAUGAUACUAUAA